AUGAAAUCCCUAAUAAUUUUACUUUUCCUGACUACUUUCGAACUUUUCCAAGGUUCCAAAAUUCGAAUAACUUGUAAUGAGCGGAAUGUGGCUUUUGCCAGAGUUUAUGUUUAUGAGCAUGAUGAAAAUGACGAGGAUGGUAAGUAUUUUUUUCAUACUUUGACCUUUUCAAAACAAAUAUAUUAAUUGUAACUGGUAACUAUGAAUCAUGCAUUUUUGUAUUGCACGAGGCAUAACGAUAAGAGCAAAAAAAAAAACAAAUAAUUUUGAAAAAUAGGUAAAAUUUUGAUUUUAGGACUACCAAUUGAGAGAACAUUUUCGAAAACGAAUUCUGAAGGAAUUAUCGAAAUUGAUGUUUUGAAACAUCUCAAUUCAAAUCAUAUUCAUUUGAAAAUCCGCGACACGUGUCAAUUGGAAAAUGAAAUUGAAAAUAUUCGAUGCAACAUUCCCUACAACGAAUAUUUUGUGCCUUUGAGAUUGUUUCAUACGAAAAAUGGGAAAAAUGAGAUUGUGCUGAAUUUGGCGGAUAAGAAAUGUGAGCAUUAUCGCAUUAUUCGCUGUUUGUGAAGGUUUUCGCUUCAUUUUUCAACUACAGGCCCAAAAUAAAUAGUUUUUACGUGUUUUUCCAUUUUUACACCGAAAAAAUUCAAAAAAUAAAUUUGUUCGCUAGAGCGCAGAUUCUCUUUUUCCGACCGCGACGCGUUGUUCUUCUUGCGUCGCGUGUCGAGUCACUUUCAUUCUUUUCCCAUUUCCGCGUGUUUAUCCGUUGUUUUCUCCACGUUUUCGAAGGUUUACAGCUAAAAAUUGUGUUUCAAGUUGUUCUGAACAUGCAAAUUAACCCGGUCUAUCUUUCUAAUCUCGAAAAUCUGGUCAGAAAACAUUACUUGAGAUAUUUUUCUUUAACCCUCAUAAUCUCACAGUUUCUCAUGUUUUUUUCAGUUGCAAAUCAUCAAUAGCGUUCAUACUUUUGCCCAACAACAGAAUCAAUCAAUGUUCUAAGAUGUCAGUGAUCAUUCGUCUUCAGAAUUUGCCAUUAUCUGCGGCUGCGUCCGACGUUCGUGUAUUUUUCAGUGGUCUGAAAAUUCCUGAUGGCGCAGUCCAUAUUGUAGGUGGACCACAAGGCGAUGUUUUUGUUGGGUUUGCUUCGGAUGAUGAUGCGAGACAAGCGAUGCGUCGCGAUAGAAUGCAAAUUCAUGGCGAUGAGGUUUGUUUUGCUCUUCGGUGCACUGCCGGUUUUUCCGACUCGACUCUAAAAUCCUGAACGAUUUCUACAUCUUCCAAUUUUCUGAAAUGGGCCAAAAAAAAAUCGAAAAACAAUGACUUGUGGAAUUUCUAAAAAGAGGUUUACAAAAAUGCAAUCUGGGCUUCGAUUUAAAAAAAUGCGGGUCAGCUAGUUUUAACAAUUGGUGAUCGAUUAUCUGGACUUUGAGAUUGGGUAUUCUCUGAAAAAUAUUAGAAAUCUAACCCUUUAAAUAAAUUAUUGCGAAAAUCUUGAUCUUUCAAAAAGCUUGCCGAAUGAAUAUAUCAUCAGGUUUUUUGUCAAAAUGUAUCCUCGGUUACCUGGAGCACGACACUCUGAAAAUGUGAAUUGAACAGAUUUUCAAAAAACUGUGUGGAAAAAUUAGCUUUGAAAUUGCAAAACAAUGAGAAAAAAGACAAUCAGUUUCAUCUCGAGUGUCAAUUUUCAAUGAUGGUCGAUUGUUUGCAAAAGUUGCCGAAGUAUUUGUGUUUCCUGCCUGAAAACCACCCUGGAACACAGUCUGAAAUCUGAUUUCAAAAAUUAGCCUUCGCUUAUCGGCGACAAUAUCAUUGCACCAAAAUUACCGGUAUUCAUACAUGUUUGUUGUAUUCACGGUGCUGUGUAUAUUUUAUAGAAAUUGUUCUUUUAUGAGCUUCCAAAUCUUAAUCUUCGAAAUUUUGCAGCCGAACUAUUAGGUUUUCGUUUAUCCCAGAAGAAAAGUUUUAAAAUCUGAUUCUUAUUGGGCGUUUUCAAUUUCUUUUGAAAAAGAAAAGUGAAUAGGUCUUAACUGAUUUCUGUUAUGUUUUUUUUCAUAUUGAAGAUUAGAUAUACCAGUAAAAUAUUAACAAUUAUUCAAAUUUUAUGUUGUGAUUUUUGUGAAAGUUCUGAGCUUCAAAAUGCAUUUUCUGAUACUAAAUUUGAUUUUUUAAGCAAUUCAAAUGAUUAAACGUCUCCACUUUUAUGGACACUUCUGAAUUUGCUCAAAGUUGAGUGUGAUGCACAAUUUGUAUCGCAUCUGUUCGAUGACGUUAGGCGUCCUGAUUUCGGGGUAGUCGUCUGUUUUUAUUCGAGAUUUGAAUGUCCAAUAGAGAAAUUAAGUUUUCCAAAACAUUAUACCUGAAAAAUUGAAUCAGAGUAUCAGAAAAACCAAACUGGAUUCUGUAGAUUGAAUAAGAAAUAUCACUUAUAAAAGUUCAACUAAUCUUGCUUCCUGCCAUCGCCUUCUGAAACAUCAUUAUAGAACUACAGAAUCUGAUAAAACCUUUCAAGUGAUUAUACCUCACUGAAAAAAAUAACUGAACGUUACCAUAAUGUAUCAGAAAACUUCAAUUCGGAAUAUAUUCGUUCUGACUGUAUUUCCACAAUAUCGAGACACGCGGAAAAGCCUACAUAUUUCAGCCGAGUUUUGAAAUUCGUUCUAAUGAUUUCUAAAAUGAGCUUGCAUUAUUUUUCUCCGACAAAACAAUCCAAUGUGGAAUUCCUGAAUCCUGAAAUUUGUUUUAUCUAACCAACUCAAAAUUUAAUAAUUGACUAUUAACCCAACAGGAACUGGUACUGAAAUUCGUUGCAUAAACAAUUUUCGUUUGAAAAUUUUAGUGAAGCUGAAAAUGUUAUCUGUAAUGUGUUAUUCUGGGGUUUCUUCAUUUAGACUGAAAAGAAAGUUGUUUGGUGAAUUUAGAAUUCAUUGAAAAUUUGACAGAAUAGAUUUUACUAAUUGUAAAACUGCCGUAGUUCUCUUAGUACAUCUAAGAGAAAUUUUCCGGUCACUUCUGGAAAGUUCCCGGCACAGUCCUGAAACUCAAAGAUAUAUCUGAAAUUGCUUAUUCCAUUAGGUCAUUUUCUGCUUUUUUUCGAAAAAUUCGAUUCAUUGGAAAAAAAGUUUGAAAUUGUAUUUAUUAAAAUUAUAUAUUUUUCUCAAAGCCUCCCUCAAAAAUUAGACUAUUUUCUGAAAAAAUAUUUUUUGGUCAAUUCAAUGCUGAAAUUCAGAAUUUUAACAAAAUUUUCAUUAAACUAAAUGGCUCUAAAAUCAAACAAAGUUACAGUUUUUGUGUGUGUGGCUACCAUAAAAACAUCAGCAGAUUACUGUAGUCACUUUGAACACAUGGUUGUUAAAAUAGCGUCCUCCUCCUAACCACUUGAAAAAAUCCCCGCCCACUAGAAAGACUACGGUAAUUCGACACGCCCACAUUAUUUCUCAAAUAAAUUCGAAGAAUGUAUCCAAAUAGGGUCACGCGGGAAAAUUGAAAUUUCUGAAAAAAAAACAUGCAACCUUUUCAGAUUCGCUUAUAUUUAUCAUCAAAGAACGAGAUGAAUGAUGUGAUUGACAAAGCAAAAAAUGGUAUUUUCUCACAACCUGAACCCUCUUUUCCUUCCUCUACCAAUUCCACUUCGAUUCCUCCAAUCCAACCACAAUCGUGGAAUCAGCAGCAGCAGCAGCAAAAUGGAAAUCCGUAUGCAGCUCGUCCAGAUUACACCUCCUCUUAUCCACCUCAACCAAUAAUUCAACAACCUCCACAACAACAACAGAAUUUCCAACAUCCACCGCCACUUAUGAGUCAGAAUUUUCCGAGCUCAAGCGCUAAUCUGGGCCCAAAUUUGAAUCAGACUCAGUUCAAUUAUCCAACCCGAAGUCCACCAAUUGUUGAAGGAUAUCAGGCAAGAUUUGAUGAUAAUCGAGGAGCAAAUGGAAAUAACAGUAGAUUUGAGAGGGUUAGAGAUAAUAGAGGAGAAGAGAUGGCUAGAGAAAAAGAGAGACAACAACGUGAAAAAGAGAGAAUUGCGAGACAUAGAGAAAGAGAUGAAAAAGAGAAGGAUAGAAAUGGCUCGGGAGGUGGUGAAAGACGAAGAAGAUUCGAAAUGUCGCCGAUUCGAGAAAAUGGAAAUUUGCAGACAAAAAAUAAAAUUGUGCAAUCAACUGCUGCUCCUUUUGCGGUUUAUCCGCCUAUUUUGAGGUAUUUCUGGAGAAUUUUGGGUUUUUAGCGAAAAAAUAUCUAAAAAUCAGAAACAGGAAAAAAUUUGAGCCCAAAUUUUUCUGCAGAAUUUUUGAAGUUUCAAAACAUAAUUUUUUUUUGAAAGCUGAAAAUUUUUGAAUUUUUCUGAAAAUUAGAUCUAGAAAACUAUACCUGAAAAUUGAAUUUCAAAUAUUUGAAAUUUCCAGAAGUUGCAAAUUUUUAUCUGAAAUUUGAGCUCAAUUUUUUUGUUGAAAAUUUUCAGAAAUAAAAAAAACUACUUCAUUUUUAAAAUCCAAAACUGAAAAUUUUUGAAUUUUUCUGAAAAUUAGAUCUGAAAAACCAAUUUUAUCUGAAAAUGAGAGAUUUGAAAUUUUCAGAAUUCGGAUAAUUUCAGCUCAAUUUUUGGAAUUUCAAAAAAAAACAAUUUUUUCUAUCAAAAGUUCAAGAAAUAUUGGAAAAUAUUUUACCUGAAAAUUAUAUUUCAAAUUUUUGAAAACCUGUGAAUUCCAGGUGAACCUGAAUUUUCCCAAGUGUCAAAAUUCUGAAAAAUUCCCCGCAUUUUUGCAGCUAUCCUCCACCAGAAAUCAAAUCCGAUGAACCUGCGACAAUCUCAGAAAAUUGGAGAACUGGAAGCGAGGAGAAAAAAGCGCCACUUCUAAUAGUUCAACCACCAAACAUCGGACCAGAUGGAAUUCUUCGACCAGGUCUUCCAGGUCAAAAAUAUUUCAUCGAGUUGACUCGUCUCCCAAAUGAAUUGCUACACGCUGCGAAAUUGGAGCAAUUUAUAACACCAACAAUUCCGCUAACUUUGUCUUCUGCAAAAACAGUUUAUGGUCCGGGAGGUGUUCAUAUUCAAACAUUUGUCAGAUUGGAUAAUGAAGAAGAUUUUUAUCGAAUGUUGAGAAGAGAUGGAGAAAUGGGAAUUAAAAUUAGAAGAGCAUCGAAAAAAGAUUUUGAUGAGGCAAAUGAUGGAAUUGAAAAUGUAUUGAAUGAUGAUCGAAGACGAAGAAGAAGAUCAAGAUCACCAAGAAGAAGAAGUCGAAGUAGAAGUGGAGAUAGUAGAACAAAUAGAAGAAGAAUAUCACCAAGAAGAAGAAGAAGAUCGGAUAGUCGAACAAGAAGAGAACAAAUGAGAAAUCAUAAAGAUCCAACAAGAUGGUGUGUACAGGUUACAAAUGUACCAUUUCGAUGUAAAGAGGAGGAAUUGAUUGAGUUAGUUUUGGGUUUGGGGGAUGAAAAUUGUUUUUAACAAUUUUCCUGGAAAAUAUUUUCUAUAGAAAUUUAUGCUCUUGAGAAUUUGAACUUUUAUGCAAAAUGUUGAUUUUUUGAAGCUCAGACCUUUAAAGUUCUGGAACAAAAAUUGGAGCUAUUUUAUAAAUUUCUUUUCGAAUUCCCCUUGAUUCUCUAGAUUAUUUUUCGAAAUUUUGUACGAAAUUCUAUCAAAUUAUCGGGUUACUGUACUAUUUUCAUGUUGAAAUUGAAAUUUAAAUGAAAGGUGUUUUUACAGCUGGAAAAAAUUUGGAGCUUUGAUUUUCAGACCUUAAAAAAUUUCUGAAACAAAAAUUCUGAAGUUUGAAUUUUUCUAGAAUUUUUAUCGGAUUACUGUACUAUUUUCAUGUUGAAAUUAAAACUUUGAAAAAAAAAUUUAUUCAGUUAGAAAAAAUUUGGAGCUUUGAUUUUCAGACCUUAAAAUUUGCGAAAAAAAAGUUCAUCGCUUAAAAAAUUUUCUUCAAAAUUAAAUUUUGAAGAAAUUUUUUUAGAAUAAUUGAAAAGUUUGAAGAAUUUUUUGAAUUUUCUGGGAAAAAUUUCUCGAAAAUUUUGAAUUUCAGACCUUCUGGAACAAAAAUUGAAGCGAAAAAUUCACGCAGAAUUAAAUUUUGAAGAAUACCUUUCAUAAUAAUUUAAAUUGCUUCGAAUUUGAUAUUAAAAAUUUUCUGGAAUUGAAAAUUUACCGUCAAGAAUUCUGAGAUUCAGAAUUUCCUAUUAAAAUUCUCAUCAUAAUUGUUUGCAGAUGGUUCGCGACCAAAGUCAAACCCGCCAAACUCACUCGCACCUUCUAUUCCGACGGCAACGCUUCCGAUCGUUGGAUCGCCGAAUUCUCCAGCGAAUCGCUUUUCGAUCGCGCAUUUUCGAUACGAACCGCUUUGCAAGGUCGAUCAAUUCGUCUAGAUUAUAUCGAAAAUGAAAAAGCUGACGAGAUUUUGAAAAUCGAAGAUCGAUAUGGAACUGAGAAACGGAGUAUAAAUGAGGCAAAGCGGGAUGCGUUGAAUUUCGAACCUCCAAAAUUCUUCGGUGGUCCAGCGGUGCCUUCGAAGAGUACCGAAGGAGCUGUUCAAGUUGCACCAUCAGCUCGCCCAAUUCUUUUGCCGCCACCAGGAUCUUUUCCUCCACCUUCCAACAACGGUGCUCCGCCACGUGGCCUUCUUCCCCCGCCAUCCGGACCACGCCCACUUCUUCCAAUGCCUCAUCCACCAAGAACUUCUCUUCCCCCACCAAUGCCUCCUCAAUAUAUCACACCAUUGGGUGGAUUAUUCAAUAACGGACCACCCAGAAAACCAAUGCCACCAAUGGGAAGAAUGCCUGGAGGAGGAGGGCCGCCAAGAAAUGGGGGAUAUAAUAAUGGACCACCUAUGAGAAAUGGGCCACCACCAAAAAGUCAUCCCGAAAAUUUGAUUGGAAAUCGCAAAGGAGCGGUUUUGUCGUGUAAUGGUUUUCCGGAGCAAAUUACGCUCGAAGAAGUGGUGAGCAUUUUUUGCGAAUUGUUUUUUUUUUUUACAAAUUUUGGGAUUUUCAAGUUUUUCUUGAAAAUUUUCGAAAUUACUCAAAAAUCAACAGUUUAAGGUCAAAAUUAUUGAAAAUUUUGACGGAAAAUCUGAAUUUUUGGGUGAACUUAUUAAUUUCUAUCCUAAUUUUCACGAAAAAAAUUAUAUGCCUAAAACUAAUCUAGAAUUUUCAAUUUUCAGAUCGAAAUCUUCAAAGAAUUCGAACCCGACACCAAUUCUGUUCUGAUGCGACGAAACGAAGUUGGAAAAAUGACUGGCGAAUGUAUGCUUUGUUGUGCAAAUCCAGAAAAAGCCCAACUCGCCGCCAAAGAAUUGAACGGUCAAAUUGUUCGGGGCUCCAAAAUUAGCGUAGUUUUGCUCAAUCAAUAA